GGGAUGUCGACCCAAAAACACAAACCGGCCAGAGUGAGUGGACGCUCAGCUGACCAUGAGAGCACACAUCCGCGCAGCACCCCGCAUCGCCGGCCUGUUGAAGCAGCAGGAGCUCGCAGGAGGGCUGCAGCACAGCAAACCCACGUCUUCAGCCUGCGUGCUCGACGCCAAGGAUGCUGCAGCUCCUCCUGCUGCUGCUGCUGCUCGAGGUUGCCCCCACAGCCUCAGCUCCAUCCCGGGACCCACCAACUGGCCACUGCUGGGGAGCCUGGUUGAUCUCCUGCGCAGAGGAGGCUUGAAGAGGCAGCACGAGGCACUGAUUGACUACCAUAAGAAGUUCGGUAAGAUCUUCCGGAUGAAGCUGGGCUCCUUUGAGUCCGUCCACAUCGGCGCGCCCUGCUUGCUGGAGGCGCUCUACAGGAAGGAGAGCAGCUAUCCUCAAAGGCUGGAGAUCAAACCAUGGAAAGCCUACAGGGACCUGCGAGACGAGGCUUACGGGCUCCUCCUCCUGGAGGGGAAGGACUGGCAGCGCGUGCGGAGCGCGUUCCAGCAGAAGCUCAUGAAACCGAGCGAGGUGGUGAAACUGGACGGGAAAAUUAACGAAGUUUUGGCCGAUUUUAUUGACAGAAUCGGAAAGGUUAAUGUCAACGGGAAGAUCGACGACCUGUAUUUUGAGCUGAAUAAGUGGUCCUUUGAAACCAUCUGUUUUGUGCUCUAUGACAAACGAUUUGGCCUUUUACAAGAAACCGUGGAUGAAGAGGCGAUGGACUUCAUCACUGCGAUAAAAACGAUGAUGAGCACGUUUGGCAUGAUGAUGGUGACACCAGUGGAGCUGCACAAGAGUCUGAAUACCAGGACAUGGCAGGAACACACGGCUGCGUGGGACCGUAUUUUUAGCACAGCCAAACUCUAUAUUGACAAGAAACUGAAGAGGCACUCAAGCGGACAAUCCGAAGAUUUCCUCUGCGACAUUUACCAUAACAGCCCCCUCACCAAGAAGGAGCUUUACGCAGCAACGACCGAGCUCCAGGUUGGGGGUGUGGAGACAACUGCUAACAGCACACUGUGGGUUAUUUUCAACCUCUCCCGGAACCCCCAAGCUCAGGACAAGCUGCUGAAGGAGAUCAGAGAAGUGGUGCCCUCUGGAGAGACACCAUGUGCCGAGCACAUCAAGAGCAUGCCCUAUCUCAAGGCUUGUCUGAAGGAAUCCAUGAGAGUCUCACCCUCCGUGCCCUUCACAAGCCGGACUUUGGACAAAGACACUGUGCUGGGAGAUUACACCUUGCCUAAAGGAACGGUGUUGAUGAUUAACAGCCAGGCACUGGGUUCUAAUGAGGAGUACUUUGACAAUGGGAAGCAGUUCAGGCCGGAACGUUGGCUCCAGGACAAAUCCUCUAUCAACCCAUUUGCCUAUGUACCCUUUGGCAUUGGUAAAAGGAUGUGCAUCGGCCGGCGUCUGGCUGAGCUACAGAUCCAGCUCGCUCUAUGCUGGUUAAUUCGUGAUUACAAGAUUGUGGCAACAGAUCAAGAACCGGUGGAUGCAAUACAUUCGGGAACACUUGUGCCCAGUCGAGAACUUCCCGUGGCUUUUGUCCGCCGAUGAGUUUUCGGGAUUUGUGCAUCAGCCUCACAGGGAAACAGAUAACUCCACAGUCUUGGCCCAAAGCAUCAAGAGGGCUUCAUGUUGCUGCUAUUUUGUCCGAAUGUAUGAAUGUGAUUUUAGAAAUACCUCAGACCAUGAAUCUUUAGUUUACAGUAUAACUACUAUAGCUAUAAAUGUGUGUGUGUGUGUGUGUGUGUGUGUGUGUGUGUGUGUGUGUGUGUGUGUGUGUGUGUGUGUAUAUAAAUAAUGAUCACUAUCUAUUUAUAAUUAUGUAUUUCGCUGACCAAGCUGACAUACUACACCUACGUAUUAUAUAAAAGUUUUAUUUUUAGCCUGAAAUUUAAAACAUUUUUUUUACUGAUAUAGACUUUCAAUGUAUUACAGCCUUAUAGGAUGUAUAUAAAACUGUAAACUAUGAAAAUAAUAUAAACAAAUAAUGACAGGAUUGUUGUACAUAUGUAUAAUAUACACUACAGAAACUAACACUAUUUAUAUAUAAUAAAAAAAUUAAUGUUU